UCUAGCAAUCAUUGAUACCAAGCGUCAUGAACGGCUCUACUUCAACCGCUGUUGUGAUUCUCCCAAGAAUGCUUCAAGGUAUUCGGAUUAUAAUUCGCAUUUGUUAAACUGUUUCCUUUCCAUCAGAAUUUCAGGAUAUCAACAUUUUUUGACAAUACGCCGAGCCACUACCGCACUUGUUGAUAAGGAGAACAAAGAAUUACGUUCAUCCAACUUUGAUUCGUCUAAGAAAGUCUGCCAAUUAGAAGCUCAUCUCAUCACUGAUAUUGUAAACACCUAUUUUUAUCCAUUUGAUAAGCUACAGUUCACACAGAAGGCAAUCCUCUUCAAAAACUUCUUUUGUUAUUUGUCUCAUACAGAUCGUGCGUACCAAUCUUACAGGCUGUUUGGACAAGACGAGUGUAAUGAUUGCUUAUUGAUGCCAGACGGAGGUAUAAUAAAAAGUUCGGAAUUGGAAACCUUUUAUGCCAAUGCCAGAGGUGUUCAUAGUCAGCCAACCGACGCCGCCAAAGUUUUUCGACCGUCUAUGGAAUUUAUUCUGUGUGUAAUUAUUCCCUAUAUGAGACGAAUUCAAUUGACGGAAAUCGAGUACGUUGCUAUUCUUGGAUUCCUCCUGUGGAAUGAAGCAGUAGCUGAUAUUUCACGAGAUACGAUUGCGAUCAUUCAUUUCACCAAGGAUUCACUACUUGACGAGCUUCAUCAACACUAUCAAUAUAUGGGAAUGGAAGGACAUCAAAUCACAAAACGAAUUGGUCAAUUAAUGCUUCUACUACCUCAUCUUACUCGCUCUGUGGUGAUGUUACGUGAGAACUCCGAACUAGCUGAGCUGUUCAACAUCUUCGAAGCAGAUAUUUGUUGUAAAAGCUUUAAAGCAGGUAGCUAUGUGAUGGAACCACAACCAUAA